AUGUCUUCCCAAGUUGACGUCACCGCUGCCAACGUGGCAGAGGUGCUCAAAGAUGACCGGGUCGUGAAGGUAGCGGGCGUGGACGUUGACGGCCAGCUGCGCGGUAAGCUGAUGCAGAAGAAGAAGUUCCUUGGAAUCAUCGAAGAAGGCUUCGGUUUCUGCUCGGUCAUCUUUGGUUGGGACCAACACGACCAGACCUACUUCAGGGAGCUAUCGGUCAGCAACAAGGAAAACGGUUAUCGCGACCUGGUUGCCAUCCCCGACUUACGCAGUUUCCGUCGUAUCCCAUGGGAGGACAACGUUCCUUUCUUUCUGCUCAGCUUCUUCGAUCCCGAGACUCGAGCGCCCAUCUGUGCAUGUCCGCGCGGCUUGCUGAAGACCGCAGCCGCCAAGGCUGAAGCUGCGGGAUACCGCGCAAUGGCAGGAGCUGAGUUCGAGUUCUACCAGUUCAGAGCGCCUGGCGAUCAUGCCAGUCCUGAGAGGGCAGCGUCCGCUACCGCCUCCUUCCUCCAGUCAAACAAGCCCGAUGAUCUACCAGCUCUAACAGAGGGCAUGUUUGGAUACUCAAUAACCCGCCCACUACACAACCAAGACUACUACUAUGGUAUUUUUGAUGCAUGUGAGCAGUUCCGCUGCGGCAUCGAGGGCUGGCAUACCGAGAGCGGACCUGGUGUCUACGAGGCUGCCCUGCAGUUCGACGAAGCGAAGGAGAUGGCCGACAAGGCCAAUUUGUUCAAAUAUGUCGUCAAGUCAUACGGCAUUAAGCACGGCAUCACCCCCUGUUUCAUGGCCAAGCCUCGCCAAGGACUUCCCGGAAACAGCGGACACAUGCACAUGUCUUUAGUAAACGCCGAUGGUUCAAAUGCUUUCAUCCGCGACACCCCCGACCCGAAUCCUCAAUACCCGGACAUCGCACACCUCUCCGACCUCGGCCGACACUUCCUUGCCGGUCUGCUCGUCGGUCUUCCCGAUAUCAUGCCUAUCUUCGCACCAACGAUCAACUCCUAUAAGCGGCUGGUGGAGAAUUUCUGGGCUCCAGUAACAGUCUCGUGGGGCCUUGAGCACCGUGCUGCGUCGAUUCGACUCAUCACGCCCCCCACAGCUAGCCCAAAGGCUACACGGUUCGAGGUUCGUGUUCCGGGCGCCGACGUCAAUGCACACUUGGUUCUCGGCGCAAUCCUUGCUCUCGGCUGGCGUGGUGUUGAGAAGAAGCUCGAGAUCCCUGUGCCGCCUUUGUCCAAGGGCGAGGAUAUGGGCGGAGCGAGCGACAAGGGUGUGCGAUUAGCCAAGUCUUUGAAGGAGGCAGUCGCUACUUUUGCCCGCCCUGACAGUGUUGCGCGGGAGGUUUUCGGCGAUGAAUUUGUAGAUCACUUCGCCGGUACUAGAGAGCAUGAAGUCCGCUUAUUUGAGGAGGCGGUUACCGAUUGGGAGGUACGACGAUACAUUGAGACCGUAUAG